AUUGCCAAUUUUCAUUAUUUUUUUGCUAACCCUUUUCUUUCUUUUAUGAUGAUUCAACCCCUCCCUUUCUAAAACUUUGUCCCUUUUUCUCCGCCUGCUUCUCUCACCGUCGUUGACGCAUCCACGAGCUCCGGCACCGGCCAAGGCCACUGCCCUCCGGCCCAUCAGAUUUUACGGUUCUCACUCUGAGUCCCUGCUUUUCUUCUUUUUUCUCGUCCCCCUUUCCUAAAAAACGACACCGUACUCCUCCACUUCUUCUUUUUCGACUUCCCCUCUCUUUCCCUUCCUCGCCGGUGAAUCUCUCUAUACAAACACAACGCAGAUCAUACUGCGAGUGGAGGAGGGCCAAAAGGUCAUUUCAGUGGACUGCUGGUUCUCUCUCUCUCUUUCCUUCCGCCGUGAGCUUUCCAAGGUGCGAAAACGGUGAUUCACGAAUUUGAAGAACCUUCUCGUUUUCGUGUUAAAUCAGAUCAACUUCAUUUUCUCUAAUGAUAUUGAAAUGGCACUGGGAACAAUACACUAGCCUCGGUUGAUAAAGAACUUCAUGGGGACUGAGAUUUCUAACAAAAGUAAGGGUGACUCAGAAAGGGUUAAGGAAAAUGGCCUUACUCUAAAGCCGGUACCGCCUGAUGGCUAUGGUGUGGGUUUGCCAUAUGCUCCUGAGAAUUGGCCCAAUCCUGGUGAUAAUUGGAGUUGGAGAGUGGCGAAAAGAGUUGCCAUAACUGGACACUAUCUGGAUAGGUACCUAUAUCUUCCAAAGAGACUAUGCCGUGGUGAGAAUAAAUCAGGGAAGAAAUAUGGUGGUUUUGCUAGCAAGCUUUCAGUUGAACGCUAUAUCCGAACAGCAUUUCCUGAAACAGACAUAAAUGCAUUUUUUGCAUCAUUCAGCUGGAGGAUCCCAGCGAAGAAAUCAUCCCUUAGAAAUGGUGGUCAUGCAGCAAGCCAUGAAAUAAUUCCUCUUCCUCCUGCAGAAAACGGAGAACAGUCUGUGGAUGUUGGGGGUUGUAAGGCUGGAAAUAAGAUGUGCAGCAGUUUGGUGGAACAAACAGAAAAGCCAAUAUCAGCAGUCAUGCCUUGCGAUAUUUGCUGUAGUGAACCUCGGUUCUGCCGUGAUUGUUGUUGCAUUCUCUGUUCCAAGACCAUAAAAUCUACCUUUGGAGGCUACCAUUACAUUAAAUGUGAAGCUGAAGUGGGAGACGGUUAUAUUUGUGGGCAUAUUGCACACAUUGACUGUGCCUUACGAACUUAUAUGGCUGGGACAGUAGGAGGAAGCAUUGGGUUGGAUGCUGAAUACUAUUGCCGGCGUUGUGAUGCAAGGACAGAUCUGGUCUCACAUGUCACUAGGUUUUUGCAUACAUGUGAAUCCAUGGAUUCUCGAGAUGAAAUUGAAAAGAUUCUAAACAUUGGUAUCUGCCUUUUGCGGGGUUCACAGAAAGCUAGUGCAAAGGAACUGCAGAACUAUAUUGAGCUUGUCACAGCAAAGCUUAAAUAUGGAACUUGUCUUGAAGAUAUUUGGAAGGUGGAAGACCAAUUGUUAACUCGUAGAACUGAAGUCUCUUACAAUGGGGAUGCUUCACCGGAAAUAACGAACUUCCAAGACUCUCCAGAUAUUGGAACAUGCCUGCCAGUUGUGUCUGUAUCUUCUGAUUGUCAAACUGAAUCAAUGAAACUUGAUGAAGAGAUAGAUCAGGUUUUGGAGGCACUAAGAAAAUCACAAGAGUUUGAAUAUAAAUUAGCAGAGGAAAGACUUUAUGCACAGAAGAAGUAUCUUUGUGAUCUGUACCAGCAACUCGAGAAAGAGAAGACUGGACUGACACGUCAUGUAUCAUCAACUAACCAUGAUGACUUACUGAGUGCUGUCUUAAGCAGAGUGAAUCAAAUCAAGCAGGAAGUUGCUAAACUCAAGGUCAUGGAAGAAGUCGCCAAGGGAUUUGGAAAAACUUCUAAAAGUAUCCUAGAGGAGCACUAUGGAUUGGAAAGCGACUGAGUGAAGCGAACCUUUGGGCAAUUAUGAUGAUUAAGAUGAUCAUUUGUGCAUCAAAUUUUGGUCUAAACUGCCUUCUCCAUGGUAUAAUUUUCAAGCAAAUUCCCUGUCAUGCUUGUCUGAGGUAUCUUACACAUGAUGUAAGAUUUGCUUGAGCGUCAUAAGGAAAUUUGGUGCUCUGAAAAACCGAGGGAUGAAAAUCUCGUCUGAAAGACCUUUCAGACCAUAACGCUUUCAUGGUUUUAACUUUUCUUUUUUUUUUUUCUUUUUUUAGUUGGAAACAGAGUGGAUCGAAUAUUAUAUCAAAAGCCAUUCGCAAUUGACAGCGACGAGGAUGUAGAAAUACUCUGCAAAUCAAUGGGUAUGAAUGGAAAAUCAACGGAUAUGGGUGAGUUUGGAAAAUUAGGAAAAUUACUCAAUGUUGUUUGAAUGUAUGCGUAGUCUAUUUCA